CUGAACACAACACGCCUCCUGCUGCUGUACCCUGAACACAACACGCCUCCCGCUGCUGUACCCUGAACACAACACGCCUCCUGCUGCUGUACCCUGACCAGAGGAGAAAACGAUAUAAGCUUUAUAGCAGAAAUGUGAUUUGUAUGGCGGUUCUUUCGGAGCGGUGUUGACGGUUCUUGUGUUUCGCUGCUGUUCUUUGUUUGGAAAAAGAAUAAAGUGUUUUUCAGAUUCUUGUUUCGUGUCGAGGGCUGCUGGUCUGGCGGUCUGGGUGUUUCUGUGGGGCUGGCUCCAGCUCCUCUCUCUCCUCCCUCUGCUCUAUCCUCCCUCGGCUCCUCGUCUCUGAGCAGACAGUCCGUCCUCGUCCCCGUCCUCGUCUCUGCUCAUCUGGACGCCGGCAGCAUGGACUCACUGGACGCUGCAGCUUUCCUGCAGAUCUGGAAACAUUUCGACAGAGACGAUGUGGGCUCCAUCGACGGCGAACAGCUGGAGUCUUUCUUCCAUUUUGCUCUGCAGAAAAACAACAUGAAGAAGGAAGACGUCAGUGAGGAGAAACUGAGACGACUGAGAGAAAGACUGACAUCAGUUUCCUCAGCUGCAGGUCGCCUGAGCUUCAGAGAGCUGGCCACCAUGAUGCUUCCUGAGGACGAGAACUUCCUGCUGUUCUUCCGCACCGAGACGCCGCUGGACAACAGCGUGGAGUUCAUGAGGAUCUGGAGAAACUACGACUCGGACGGCAGCGGCUUCAUCUCCGCCGCGGAGCUGCAGGGUUUCCUCCAGGACCUGUUCCUGCAGCACGGACGCAACGUCAGUCCAGAGAAGCUGGAGGGAUACACCGUUACCAUGAUGAAAAUCUUCGACAGGAACGGCGACGGCCGGCUGGACCUGAACGACCUGGCCAGGAUUUUGUCCCUGAAAGAAAACUUCCUGCUGAAAUUCAGAACAGACGCCUGCAGUCAGGAGGACAGACGGAGGGACUUCGAGAAGAUCUUCUCUCACUACGACGUCAGUAAGACCGGGGAGCUGGAGGGUCCAGAGGUGGACGGGUUCGUCAAAGACAUGAUGGAGCUGGUGAAGCCCAGCAUCAGUGGAACCGACCUGGACAAGUUCAGAAAGGCUCUGAUGAGUCACUGCGACGUCAACGGAGACGGAAAGAUCCAGAAGAACGAGCUGGCUCUCUGCCUGGGCCUGAAGCUCAGCUAACAGAGCGAGGGACACGCCCACUGGACACGCCCACUGGACACGCCCACCAACAUACUCUCAUCAGGACACACCCACAUGACACCUACAUUAGGACACUAAGACACUCCCACCGGGACACUCCCCCUGGGGACCUCCAGGACACGCCCCCCAUGCGGCCCUCCAGGACACGCCCCCUCCCCAUCAGUCCCUCCCUCUCCCCUCCUCUCAUCCUUCCGUCUCUCCUCUGGACUCUCCAUUGUUUUCUUCACAUCGUCUUGUUGCUUCUGCAUCUUGACCGCCUCUGUGAUCUCUAGCGCCCCUUCAGGGGUCCCAGACUUCAGGUUGAGAACCACAGAGUCCUGGUUGUCCUUAUUUCCAAACUUCUUUCGAGCUCCGAGCAUCGUGGGAAAUUUUGUGCGUGAAACAUGAUCUGUGUGAAACAUCCAUCCUGGAUAGGAAGUAGAUCGCGGAACACUGAGUGUGUUGUGUAGAGUGCUGUUUGUGUGAUGAAGUUGUGACACUGUUGAAAUGAAUUGUGGGUAAUAAAAAGUGUU